AAAAUACACAACCAAGAGAGCAACUGCUAGCCGCAUCUCACACCGGUGGCCAUUGAUCAGUUGGGACGGGUCGACACGCCCCCAGAGCCGUCACACACAGCGCGCCGCUAUAUCAGUAUCCGAACCCAAACAUUCGGUCAAAAUGGUGGUAGUCAAUUACCUGCUCUUCGAGAGCGCCGUCGGCUUCUCUUUGUUCGAGGUGGUGCACCAGGCCGAUACCGUCGGCCUGGAGCUCCCCGAGGUCAAGGAUGCAAUGAAGAGCCUCGACAAGUUCGGCAAAAUGGUCCAAUUGCGCAGUUUCAACCCAUGGACCUCCGCGGCCCACGGUUUGGAAGCGAUUAAUCUCAUCUCUGAAGGGAUCAUGCCCGACCACCUCAAGAACACCCUCGAACUUAACCUGCCGCAGACCAGCGGAAAGAAGAGCAAGAUUGUGCUCGGCGUGGUCGACAAGCGGAUAGCGGGCGAGAUCAGUGCUGCAUUCCCCGGUGUCCAAUGCGAGGCUGCCGACACUUCCGAAGUUGUUGCUGCACUCCUGCGCGGCAUCCGUCUGCAUGCCAACAAGCUGCUCAAGGGCCUGCAGGAGGGCGACAUCAACCGCGCUCAGCUGGGCCUCGGCCACGCUUACUCCCGCGCCAAGGUUAAGUUCAGCGUUCACAAGAACGACAACCACAUCAUUCAGGGCAUUGCGACGCUUGACGCGCUCGACAAGGGUAUCAACCAAGGUGCCAUGCGUGUGAGGGAGUGGUAUGGCUGGCACUUCCCCGAGCUCAUCCGGAUCGUGUCCGAUAACGGCACCUACGCAAAGCUGGUUCUUGCGAUCGGCGACAAAAAGACGCUUACUGACGAGAGCGUCGACGAUCUCGCGAAUCUCUUAAAUCAAGACCAGGACAAGGCGGAGGCUAUCGUUCAGGCCGCCAAGAUUUCCAUGGGUCAGGACAUCAGCGAGUAUGAUCUCGCCAUGGUCAAGGACCUCGCCGCCAACGUCUCCAAGAUGGCCGAUUACAGACGCAUCCUUGCCGAGUCGCUCGACAAGAAGAUGGGCGAUGUCGCCCCCAACCUGCAGGUCAUCCUUGGCACGCCUGUCGCCGCCCGCCUCAUCUCCCAUGCCGGCUCCCUCACCAACCUCGCCAAGUACCCCGCCUCCACGCUCCAGAUCCUUGGUGCCGAGAAGGCCCUCUUCCGGGCGCUCAAGACCAAGGGCGCGACCCCCAAAUACGGUCUGCUCUACCAGAGCUCAUUCAUCGGGCGUGCCGGCCCCAAGGUCAAGGGCCGCAUCUCGCGGUAUCUGGCCAACAAGUGCUCCAUUGCCAGCCGUAUCGACAACUUCUCGGAGAAGCCGACGAGGCGCUUUGGUGAGGUCAUGCGGGAUCAGCUGGAGCAGCGUCUCGAGUGGUACGCCAAGGGCACCAAGCCAAUGAAGAACAUCGAGGCCAUGGACAAGGCUAUCAAGGCGGUCAUGGCCGAUGGCGAUGACAUGGAUAUUGACGAGGAGAUGAUCGAUCACCCAUCCGCCAAGGGGAAGAAGGACAAGAAGGACAAGAAGGACAAGAAGGACAAGAAGAAGGAGGACAAGGAAGAGAAGAAGGAAAAGAAGGACAAGAAGCGGAAGAGCGUCGGCGGUGAGGAUGUCGAGAUGGCAGACGUCGCCGAAGGCGAGAAGAAGAAGAAAAAGAAGAGAAAGUCGGUGGCUGCCGAAUAGCUUGCCAAUGCUUGCUAUGUCUGUUGGACGGCGCGCACUUUCUUUCUUUUGGUUGAUCUUCGCUCUGCUUUCUUGGAGUUCUUGUGUGGGUCGGGGUAGGGCAAAACGGAGUUCUUUGGUUGUGUCUAGAUGGCUUAUUGUUCAAUGGGAUGUAUCAUACCCUCAAAUGGAAUGGAAACGAGGUAGAAGUCUAUCUACUUAGUCGGAUCCAAUGCCGUGGAGUCUUCCCUGGUAGAAGCCA